AAAAAACAUCAGAGUCACUUAAAUAAGCAUUUAUUUAUAAAAACAGACUACUGAUGCUAAUUAUCAGGCUGGUAUUUUAUUAGUUUAGAUAGACAGAUAGAAAGAAAGAAAGAAAGAAAGAAAGAAAGAAAGAAAGAAAGAAAGAAAGAAAGAAAGAAAGAAAGAAAGAAAAAGAAAGAAAGAGAUUACUUAUUUCUCCAUACAAACAGGUUGUUUUGACUUUAGACUCCGCCCACCGGUCCCUCCGGAUAUUACGUCCGGACGUUGAGACUUUUCUCCUUUCCGUUCCUACACCUGGUGAAAUUGUUUCGAUCUGACAAAUUCAAUCUUCUCUCCUCAGUUUCACCUAACUGCAAGGAUUCACUUUGAGCUCUAGCCAUGGCAGUCAACACAGGCACGUCCCUGGUGCUGUCCAGCCUGCUGUCUGUGCUGGUGUUUGCUGGGAUGCAGAUGUUCAGUAAACAGCUGGGAUCCACUGAGUGGCUCACCAUCCUGGGAGGUUUCCUGGGCUCAGUCCUGUUCAUCUGCUCCCUGACUUUUUGCUGUGUUUGUGUCUGUCACUGUUUGCCUCUGGCCUGGUGCACCGUGUGUGUGUCACCACCUGCCUGAUCUUCUCCCUCUUCGCCUUGUUCUACAUCAACAAAAUCUCCGCCGCUCUCUACCAGGCGGCUGCUCCCGCAGCGCCGGCAGCUAAAGCUGCCAGCAAGAGCAAGAAGAAGAACUGAUGAACGUGUCAAGUCACUGUGUCGACCUGUCGGUCUGUUCAACGUGCUGAUUGUUACUGUUUGUCACAACAAAUCAUGUUCCUUUUAUUCUGGUUUUGAGAAAGUGUGCAGCCUUAAAGUAUUUUUUUAAACAUUCCAUCAAUGUUUUCAGCACUGAAGGUUGCAAAGAGAUUCACCCCUCCUGUCACAUUUUCUCUGCACCCAACAACAAAUCAAGUUGCUCUUUUUGUUUGGUUUUGUAAUUAAAUUUUGUAAAAAGA